GUGGUUUCUGGUCUUCCUGUGCAUUCACAUGUCUUGUCAGAGGGAGGGCUCACAUCCGACCAUAUUUUUCAGCAAGACCAGAAGCGAACAGAGAGUGCACAGUAACUUUCGGCAGGGGGGAGGGACCAGAGCCUUCCCCAGACUGUCCAGCGGGUGUCCCAUGGAGAACGAGCCUGGAAUUGUGUCGCCGUUUAAACGAGUAUUCCUGAAAGGUGAAAAGAGUAGAGAUAAGAAAGCCCAUGAGAAGGUGACAGAGCGGCGCCCUCUGCACACUGUGGCGCUGUCCCUGCCCGAGCGCGUGGAGCCCGACAGGCUGCUGAGCGACUACAUCGAGAAGGAGGUGAAGUACUUAGGUCAGUUGACGUCUAUACCGGGAUACCUGAAUCCCUCCAGUAGGACCGAAAUCCUGCAUUUCAUAGACAAUGCAAAGAGAGCCCACCAGCUCCCCGGACACCUGACCCAGGAGCACGACGCUGUCAUCAGCCUGUCUGCCUACAACGUCAAGCUGGCCUGGCGGGAUGGGGAGGACACCAUCCUCAGGGUCCCCAUCCACGACAUCGCCGCCGUGUCCUACGUGCGGGAUGACGCCUCACACCUGGUGGUCCUGAAGACAGCCCAGGACCCUGGCAUCUCCCCCAGCCAGAGUCUGUGUGCGGAAAGUUCCAGAGGCCUCACCGCAGUCUCGCUGUCAGAGAGCGGAGUGGGGCCGGUGGAGGCCUGCUGCCUGGUGAUCCUCGCAGCAGAGAGCAAGGUCGCUGCAGAGGAGCUGUGCUCCCUGCUGGGACAGGUCUUCCAGAUCGUGUACACAGAGUCCACCAUCGACUUUCUGGACAGAGCCAUCUUCGACGGGGCCUCGACACCCACCCACCACCUAUCCCUGCACAGUGACGACUCCUCCACCAAGGUGGACGUGAAGGAGCCGUACGACACGGACGCCAGCGCUUUCUCCUUCCCCGAGUGCGCGCACGCAGGUGGCGUGUCGCCCUUGUCCUUCUGCAUGCAGACGGCGCCGCACGCCAAGACGGCCAGCGAGAGCGAGCUGAGCGCCACGGCCGCCGAGCUGCUGCAGGACUACAUGCUGACGCUGCGCACCAAGCUGUCCUCCCAGGAGAUCCAGCAGUUCGCGGCGCUGCUGCAUGACUACCGCGACGGGGCGUCCGUGCACGAGUUCUGCAUCAACCUGCGGCAGCUGUACGGGGACAGCCGCAAGUUCCUGCUGCUCGGUCUGCGGCCCUUCAUCCCAGAGAAGGACAGCCAGCACUUCGAGAACUUCCUCGAGACCAUCGGGGUGAAGGACGGCCGAGGCAUCAUCACCGACAGCUUUGGCAGGUACCGGCGGGCCCUGAGUUCAGCCUCCACGGGCACCGGAAACAGGGCCGCGGGCAGCUCCGACGACCAGUCCGCGCCCUCGGAAGGGGACGAGUGGGACCGCAUGAUUUCGGACAUCAGCAAUGACAUCGAGGCUCUGGGCUGCAGCAUGGACCGGGACUCGGCCUGACGGUGCCGGGAGGGGCCUGCCGCUGCGCCCUCUACUGUGAAGGACCGGCCCCGGGCGCUGGUGCCCGCGGCCCGCUCCAGGAGGGGUCCCGGGGGUCCUUUCGGUUUUGCACACGACGUUCCUGUCGAAACUCUCAGAGACCUUCAAAGAAGUUUACUGCGAUGUGAAUAAUUCA